CUGGGCGAGGGGCGAACGCGGGGGCGGGGCGGGGGCGGGGCCGGAGGAGGCGGAAGCCGCGCGCGAGCUGGAGCCGGAGCCGUAUCGAAGCCAGCGUCCGGGCCGGCGGGACGGCGUCGGCGGGGACGCGCCCGCGGAGCUCCGGCCCCUUCGCCCCGCUCGCGGAGACCGCGCUGCGCGCCGGGCGGCGGCGAGGCCGGAAGAUGGCCUGGGUGCUCAAGAUGGACGAGGUGAUCGAGUCCGGACUGGUGCACGACUUCGAUGCCACCCUCUCGGGCAUCGGGCAGGAGCUGGGCGCCGGCGCCUACAGCAUGAGCGAUGUCCUGGCAUUGCCCAUUUUCAAGCAGGAGGAUUCCAGCCUUCCAUUGGAUGAUGAGACUAAGCACCCACCUUUUCAGUACGUGAUGUGUGCUGCAACAUCGCCAGCAGUAAAACUGCAUGAUGAAACGCUCACUUACUUGAACCAAGGUCAGUCUUAUGAAAUUCGGAUGCUGGAUAAUCGGAAAAUGGGAGAUAUGCCGGAGAUCACUGGAAAAUUGGUAAAGAGCAUCAUAAGAGUUGUAUUCCAUGACAGACGGCUACAGUAUACAGAGCAUCAGCAACUUGAAGGUUGGAAGUGGAAUCGCCCAGGAGACAGACUUCUCGAUUUAGAUAUUCCAAUGUCUGUGGGAAUAAUUGACACAAGGACAAAUCCAAGCCAGUUAAAUGCGGUUGAAUUUCUUUGGGACCCUGCAAAACGCACAUCUGCUUUCAUUCAGGUACACUGCAUCAGCACAGAGUUUACUCCACGGAAGCACGGAGGUGAAAAGGGAGUGCCUUUUAGGAUCCAGGUUGACACUUUUAAGCAGAAUGAAAAUGGAGAAUAUACAGAUCAUCUACACUCAGCUAGCUGCCAAAUCAAGGUUUUUAAGCCUAAAGGUGCAGACAGGAAACAAAAAACUGACCGAGAGAAGAUGGAGAAGAGAACUGCUCACGAAAAAGAAAAGUAUCAGCCGUCCUAUGAUACCACGAUCCUCACAGAGAUGAGGCUUGAGCCUAUAAUUGAAGAUGCAGUUGAACAUGAGCAGAAAAAGUCCAGCAAGCGGACUUUGCCAGCAGACUACGGUGAUUCUCUGGCAAAGCGAGGCAGUUGUUCUCCGUGGCCCGAUACCCCCACAGCCUAUGUGAAUAGCAGUCCUUCCACAGCGCCCACUUUCACCUCUCCACAGCAGAGCACUUGCAGUGUCCCAGACAGCAAUUCUUCUUCCCCAAAUCAUCAGGGAGAUGGAGUUUCACAGGCCUCUAGUGAAAAACUUCAGCCUUCAGCCACAAUCCAGGAAACACAACAAUGGCUGCUCAAAAAUAGAUUCUCUUCCUAUACAAGACUGUUUUCCAAUUUUUCAGGUGCCGACUUAUUAAAACUGACAAAGGAGGAUUUAGUACAAAUAUGUGGUGCAGCCGAUGGAAUUCGGCUCUAUAAUUCACUGAAGUCAAGGUCGGUUAGGCCCCGCUUAACCAUCUAUGUCUGCCAGGAGCAGCCAAGCAGCACACCACUGCAGGGGCAGCAGCAGGCUGCAGGCAGUGGAGGCGAGAGUGGCAGUGGGACACCCUACGUUUAUCAUGCAAUCUACUUGGAAGAAAUGGUUGCCUCAGAAGUCGCUCGAAAACUUGCAUUGGUGUUUAAUAUUCCUUUCCACCAGAUUAACCAGGUUUACAGACAGGGUCCCAUUGGUAUUCACAUUCUUGUUAGCGAUCAGAUGGUUCAGAACUUUCAAGAUGAGAGUUGUUUUUUAUUCUCCACAGUAAAAGCUGAAAAUGGUGAUGGUAUCCACAUAAUUUUGAAAUGAUGUCUUACAUAGUCUGAACUAUAUUCAGUACCAAAUAAAGUCACGCUUAAAAGUGUGUGAAGACUGAAUCCAAGAAGUCUUGGGAUUGGAUUUUACCGUAUGAAAUGUUUCAUAUUGAAAACACAAGAUGACCUUUCUAAUGAGCUGUAUGAGAGGCGAAUCUCCUCACUGUCACUGCCAUAGCCAAGCAUCCUCGUGAGAGUGAGCACGUCCGGACAGCAUGCGUGCAGCUCUGGGGGCCACGGUGCAGGCGGGGCUGCCUGCUUCUCUGGCAGAGGCCAGUAGAUACAGUUCCUAGAAGCAGCCUGUGCUGUCUUUUUACACUGUAUGCGGUUUGGAAAUGAAUGUAAAAAUGGACUGUGGGCAUUUACCUUUCUGUGCCAGUUUGGCUUUUAUUGCCUGAACCUUAUGCUGACCUGGGGCAGGUGGGGACAGUGCUGCUGUGGAGCCAGCAUGGAAUCUGUCUGCGGAGAGGCAGUGUGCUGAUGCGGUGAUUGGUGGUCAGGUAAGAGGCGUGGCACCUUCUCAGAAGAAUCAUGACUAAGGCUGUGCGUCUGAUGCGAUCAUGCCAGAUGGAGGAAGAGCCAAGCCAGGAAGCCGGGCUCGAAGCAAACUGCAUUAUCAAGAGUACCUUGGUGAGAGGAUCAGUGUAAAUCCUAAUAGGUACAAAGACUUGUGUUUUGCUUUGUCACAGUUUUAUUGAGAAACUUUCGCUUCUGCUUCCAUUUUUAGCAUUUUGUUUCUGGUUUUCAUUUUUGAAGCCCCAUUGUCUUUUAAACUCAUGUGGUUUUCUUUCUCUUUUUCCUCCUCCUCUCUGUCUCUAACACCCUUCCUACUCUACCCUGUACCAUCCUGUUCUUAGACAUUUUCAAAGCCCUUCCCCAGACAUCGGAAAUAGGUGACUCAAGCAGGGGGAGAAGUAUGAUAGUUUCUGACUCGGUGUUAAGGGGUCCUCGUUAUCAACAAGUUGAAAUUAUUCAUGGAACACUAGACAUGAUAAAUCAAACACUAAAUUGUACCAUAAAAAUUCCCUACACCACUUCUCAAAUAUUAAGCUUUAGUACAAUCAUGGGUGAACAUUCUGCUGAUUAGAGGCUUUUUUAUACAGCACAUAGUAGCUUCUUUUUCUGUAAAAAAGAGUAUCUCUUUCAUAAAACCAAAUGCUUGUCUGCUAGUCUGCUUUUCAGAGGGAAUCCACAGUUUUCAAAUCUUCCCGAAGUUCAUCAGCAAGCAUUUUUGAGGGUUGUGGUAUAGCAAACCCAGUGUUUUUUUUUAAACUUUGAUUCCAUUUUAAUUAUACCAUCUCUGUCCACUUACCCAGAUUUGAUCCUUAUCUUUGUUCAGGAAGAACAGAAGUGAGUAAUUUUGAGUUUGAAAUCUCUCCCAGAAGACAAGUUUGACAUUUUAUGUUUUAUUCAUAAAGGGGGUAUUUGAUAUGAAGCAGCACUGUCUCUAAAUAUUUCCAUCUUCGGUUUGAAAAUAUCUGUGACUCCUACAGACCCUAGAGCAGGAGAGCUUUCCUUUCUGUCAGUCAUCUUCCCUUUGCUUUUGUGUGACCACAUGUUUUCUUUACCAAUCACUUGGGAAAGAAGUGAGCUUCUCUCUUAAUUGUUUUAGAGUUUUGCUUGUCUAUUUAGCAUUCCUUUUUGAGUCUCAAGAUUUAUGGAACAAUAAAUGUCAUUUAAUGCUGUGUGCUAUUUUGAAUUCCUCAUCAGGUUUUAGAAGUGGGGUAAAAAGAAUUUUAAAAGCUCAUCAAACUUGAAAUUACACCAAGUGGUGGUGAACAUUAGUCUGUCCCAGUGAAACAGGUUCAAUUAUGGCACCAGCAAAUUUGCUACUUUGUUUUUUUAAUAGUAGGAUGUAUACAUUUCAGUAUAAUAAAUGUUUUCCGAUUGUUUUGCAAA